ACUGUGCGCUCACGUUCAUGUCUCUAAAAAAGACACUUUGUGCAAAACUUUGUAAUCACAUGUUUUCAGCCAUAUGUGCUUGUAGUUAUUUUGCCUUUUGUUUCUUUAACCAGCGGCAUGCUCUGCUCGCUAUGGAGUAUGUCAGUGGAGGGACCCUAAGAAAUGUCAUCAGGAAUGCCGGCCAGCUAGAGAAGGACUUAGUAACAUUCUACGCAGCAGAACUGGUGUGCGGCCUGCAGUUUCUCCACUCUAAAGGGAUUAUUCAUCGGGAUCUUAAACCAGCUAAUGUCCUGGUAACCAACGAGGGACAUAUAAAGAUCGUCGACUUUGGUUUGGCAGCUGAGGGCGUGUUUGGAAAGAAAAAAAUCAAGGGCGCAAAAGGAACACUGCCCUUUAUGGCUCCAGAGGUAUGUGACUGUGAUUUAAUUUAAAUGCUUAUAGCAGAGGUACUAGAGGUGUGCUUAUACUACGUCUAUUUCAUGCAUUUGAAUACUCAAAUAAAAAAUAUGUAUUUUUAGUGUUUCGCUGUUACAGACUUGGGACCUGUAAUCCA